AUGUAAGAAAAUAAUGAAUAAAUAGAGGAUUUAGGGAAGGAAACUUUAAUUGUUCAAUUAAAAGAAAAAGUAUAAAUUAUAAUUUAAUAAAAAGAUUAAAGAAAAUAAGACGAUAACGAAGAAAUUGGAUAGAUUAUCUGAGAAAUAUGUUUAGACUUAUAAAGAAUAUAAACUUUUGGCAAAAGAUAGAGAAUCUCUAUUCCAAGCUAUUCAGUACUCUUUAAGUGAAAAAUAAUAUAACUUUGAGUAAAAACCUUUAGGUUAGUGUGUUUUUAUAUAUUAGGAUAAUUUGAUACAAAUCACAUUAUUGAAUUAUUUAAAUAAAAGGAUGAGGAUAAAUCUAAAGCACUUACAAAUUUGAUUAAAGAAACAAAUAAUGAGAAAUUCUUGCUUGAGGAAAAGUAUAGAUAAAUGAUAGAAAAAUAAGGGUUGAAUAGUGAUUAAAAGACUUAAUAACUUAUUAAACAAUUAAAAUAAUAAAUUAAUGAUUUAGAUAACAAUAACACAAGAUUAGCGAAAGAAAUUAUUGAAUUAAAUGAUAUUAUUUAAAUAAAAAAUGGUUAAAUAUAAUAACUUAAUUAAUUGGAAGAGGAUUAUGCUAAUUUAAAGACUUAAUUAAUGGUUUAAGAACUAUAAUAAUAAUAGCCUGAUUUACAAUUAAAAAUAAAUUCAUCUGAUCUUAUGAAUCAAUCUCUUAAGAUGAAAUAAUAAGUAGAUAAAUUAUUAGAAGAAAUUUAAAAAUUAAAUUUGAAAAUUAAAGAAUUAGAAUAAGAAAAAGCAAUCUCUUAAUUUAAUUAAAAGUAAUAAAUAAGAGAAAAUUAGAAAAUUAAAAGUAUUGAAUCAAAAACUAUACAUAAUUAUGAUGAAUUAAAUCCAUUUGAAUAAGAAAACAUGUUAUAAUAAUAAUAAGAAUUAAUUUAAAUUGCUUAGAAUUAUCAAAAAUAAACUUAGACUGAUUUUAUUUACUAAACUAAAGAAGAAUAAUGUUCAAACAAUGCAAAUUUUGAAUAUUUGAAAAAUGUAGUUUAUAAAUAUUUUUUAUAUUAAGAGACAAGGAACUAUAAAGAAGCAUCAAUUUUGAUGAAUGCUAUAAUGACUAUUUUAAAAAUGUCAAAUGAUGAAAGAAGAAAGAUAGAAUAAGCAAGAGAAAGAGGAUUUUUGAAGAGUGCUAAAAAUUUAAUAAGUGAUAGCUUUACUUGUUUAAAGUAACCUUAAUUAAAUGAUAUGAAUUUUGAACGACCAAAUAGUAGAAUUGAACUAAUGAAUAAGCAUAUGUUAAAUUGAUUUUAUUAUUUU